GGCUCGUCGCGUUUAGACGGCGUCGUUCGUGGCUGCUCGUAAGUCUUUCGUGCUGUGUGAAGUGUCGAAUAUCUACGUCGCGCAAUGGCUGGCGGUAAGGCGGGCAAGGACUCUGGCAAGGCAAAGGCGAAGGCGGUCUCGCGUUCGGCUAGGGCCGGUCUGCAGUUCCCCGUAGGCAGAAUUCACAGGCAUUUGAAAAACAGAACCACGAGUCAUGGUCGGGUAGGCGCUACUGCGGCGGUCUACAGUGCGGCCAUUUUGGAAUACCUUACGGCCGAGGUGUUGGAGUUGGCGGGAAAUGCAUCAAAGGAUCUGAAAGUUAAACGUAUUACACCUAGACAUUUGCAACUCGCUAUUCGUGGUGAUGAAGAAUUAGAUAGUCUCAUUAAGGCAACUAUUGCAGGAGGAGGUGUUAUUCCACAUAUCCACAAAUCACUUAUUGGCAAGAAGGGUUCGCAGAAGCCAGCAUAAUUUAGCGAUAAUUGACAUUGAAUAUUUUAAGAUUCGUGGACAAACGGGAGGAGGAAAGAGUUGGUCCAGUGCUUGUUAACAAAGUGUACCUAGAUUACUAAAUUGAUGGCGAGACUGGCGUGAUAUAUACAUAGAUAUAUAUAUAGAUAUAUAAAUAAAACAGUAUAUUGAGAUAUAAUUUAAUAUAGAUAAAAAAAUAAGAGUUAAAGAAAGACAAAUGUUCAUUGACAAUUGACAAACGGACAAGACAGGGAGAGAGAAUGGAUUCUAGGCCGAGUGUAGGAAAUUUUAGUGUGUUGCGAGCGAUGCGUUAUAGCAUGGCUCGAGAUGACGGAAGUCUUUGGUAGUUUGCAACUUUUGAACAUUGUGAAAACAUCAGAGAACGUAUGAAAAUCUGUUCAAUUACCAUGUUUAAUUAUUUACAACUGUGAGCGAUUACUUUACCAAACCGCCAUCGUUGAACUUUUGUCUCAUUUUCGUUUUUAAAUCGCGUCAUGUACUUCUAAGAGGCAGGUUUUGUUAAUUUGCUUUCAAAUAACUCUCUCAUUUCACAAUCUCGUACAACAUACAUGAGUCCAGUUCAUUAUUUCAUAUGAAUUUAAUAUGAAUUUAAUGCUUUAUUAGUCUUCAUAUAUAUAUAUAUAUACGUUUGUGUCAGUAAAAUUACGCAGAUUAUGAACAGUUAAUCAACAGUUCCUUAUUGUUGAAUUUAU